AUGAAGAGGAGCAUCACAGAAAUGAGAGAGCUUGACCGCAGCCUAACCAUGGCCAACUGCUUGAUGCUACUCUCCCGUGGCAGCCACGACCACCACCAUUACGACACCUUCUCCGCCUCCCCCACCCGGGUUUUCGAGUGCAAGACGUGCAACCGCCAAUUCCCUUCCUUCCAGGCCCUCGGAGGCCACAGGGCCAGCCACAAGAAGCCGAGACUAAUGGGGUCAGGAGAUGGAAAUAGUAGCAACGGCUCAGAUCAGAGCCAGUCACAAGGAUCACCACCAAAACCUAAAACCCACGAGUGCAACAUAUGCGGGCUGGAAUUCGCUAUAGGGCAGGCCUUGGGGGGUCACAUGAGGAGGCACAGAUCAGCCUUGAGCAAUAAUAACAAUAAUAAUAUUAGUCAGUAUUCUGAUUCUAACUCUCUGAGCCUGAGCCCUCAGCCUGCGCCAAUGUUUCAAGUUUUGAAGAAGACGAAUAGCGGUAGGAGGGUUAUGUGUUUGGAUCUCAACUUGACGCCAUUAGAGAAUGACUUGAAGAUUCUUCAGAUAGGGAAAGCAGCUCCACUUGUUGGGUUUUCCUAA